GUUAUAUUUUCGGAGCCAGGCCAAAGGUGAGACAGAUCGGGAGCGGUUGCUACUGGCCUUCCAAGUCAGCAAUGAAAUAGCCAAUGGAAGGUUUCCUGUUAAUAAGGAAUUAGCCCUGGAAAUGGUGGCCCUGAUGGCUCAGGUGGAAUAUGGAGAUUUGGAUCGACCGGGAUCUUCAAGUCCUGGGGGAACAUCACAAUAUAAAAUGCAGCAUCUUCUCCACCAGGUCUUAGAUAAAUUCUACCCCAAACGCUACAAGCAAAACAUUACUCCUGAACAGCUCAGGCAACUGGCUGACAGGCUGGCAACGAAGUGGAUGGUCCUGCAGGGGUGCUCUCCACCAGAAUGCAUCCGAAUCUAUUUGACAGUGGCCCGGAAAUGGCCCCUCUUUGGAACCAAAAUAUUUGUCGCUAAGCCUAUUUUGCCUUCCUCAUUGGAAGACUGUCCAGUCUGGAUAGCUGUGAAUGAAGAUGGUAUCGGCAUACUGGAUUAUAACACUAUGCACUUGAAGGUCUCUUAUCCAUACUCCUCUGUGCUGACUUUUGGAGGCUGUCGAGAUGACUUCAUGAUUGUAGUCAGUCAAAUGAAAGAAAGGACUUCUGGAAAAAACAGCACUGAAAAACUCCUUUUCACAAUGGCAAUUCCAAAGAUUGUUGAAGCAACACUUCUUAUUGCCAGCUAUAUUAACUACCGUUCGACACCUUCACUCCUAUCUUCUACACAGCCCUCCCGAAGCAAAACACCUGUUACCAGGCUCCGGGAGACUGAAAGGUCCCAUCCCGUGGGACUCUUUGAAGCAGAUCCCUGA